CGAAAAUAUACCCCCGGGUCUCGACGCAAAGUAGGCACUGCGCAAGCUACCCAGAACCUCUAGAUCGAUCUCCGCAUAUAUACACUUCCACCCACAACAUGGACCUCGACGACCGCCUCCUGCGCGCAAUCUCCGACUUUGCCGGCAACGAGUCAAACCUCGAGCCUGGUGACCGCCGCCACCCCGACUCCGACCCGGACUCGGCAGACGAGGAUCAAGCGCACAACCAUAAAGACGACAACGACGACGAUUACAAUGACUCAGACGACUCGGACUCCGAAGGGUUACCGCCAAUGCCGCCGGGUCUCGCCCGUGAAAACGCGCUGGAGGCCGAAGACGCCGCUAUCCGUAGGCACAUGGACUCCGCCGGCCCACAGACGGGGCCAAAGGGCGUCUUGGCCGAUCAGAAGUUCCACAAACAGCAGCAGCGAGCGAGGAGAGAACUGAAAGCCCAGCGUGACUACCAAAAGCUUUCCAGUGGUGCUUUAGCCAGUGGGUGGAUGCAGAGGAGCGUGGCCGAGGAGGAGAGGAGGAAGAUGGGCUUACCGGAUGUCGCAAAGGCUGCUGGACGGCAGAGAAAUGAUGACGAUGAGGAUGAGGACGAUGAGGACAUGGAAGAAGAGCUGUUCCUGAAGGCAUAUCGAGCAAAACGCAUGGCGCAGUUCUCCAAGCAGCGCUUUCAAACAGGAAAACAAUUCGGCACGGUCAUCGAGAUGGAGUCGCCAGACGAAUAUCUGAACGCGAUCGACGACGAGGCUCCAUCCGUGACGGUCCUCGUACACCUGUACCAACCAUCGAACGAAGGCUGUCGCGUCGUGAACGCCCUAUUGUCCGUGCUGGCGGCACGACAUGCCACUAACACAAAGUUUUGCAAGAUCAAAAGUCACAUUGCGGACGAGACGUUUGAUCUUGUGGUGUUACCUGCCAUCCUGGCUUACAAGAAUGGGGAGAUAAUAGGGACGGCUAUGCGGGUUUUGGAUGAUGUGGACACGUGGAAACAGUCCGGACGGUGCACGGCGGAGGAUCUGGAGGCAGUGCUGGCACAGCAAGGGAUCUUGGGCAGCGAUGAAGACGCAAUCUUCUCUGCCAAUGCGGGAUUGGGAGGGGUGCGCCUCUACAGCUAAGCAACGCUAGUGUAAAAGAUGUGCACAUGUAUCCAUGGCCGAAACACAAAGUGUUACCCAAUUUUGAUCAGUGGGAUUCAGGGACGAUGUCCAUAUGUAAAUACAUCCGUCGCUGUACAGAUAUAUACAAAUCGCGGAAGGGAAAUGGCAGACGGAUAGCCGCAACCUCUAAAUAGCAUCUUUCUGUCGCAAAUGGUGGAACACAGCUUGAUGCACAAUCUCCUUGUCGUAAAAGUCUGAUCUGCGAAUCUCCUCCAUGUUGAAGUGAGAGUCGCCCAGUACCGUCUAGAAUAU